AUGGCAACGCCAGAACGACCCCUUGAUGUCGUUGUGCGCUUUUCCACGCCAAUCCCGGACAUGACGGUGCGAAUAGAUGCGCCGAGUACCACAUCGAUCCUCACGCUCAAGGAGCGCAUCCGCGACCAACUGCAACAGCAACACGCCGCGGCGCGUUUGCGAUUGAUACACGGGGGAAAGGUCCUCUCGGAAACUGCAGCAUUAUCUAGGAGCGUGCAGGUCACGCUGCCACCGCCGGCGAACAGUGAUGGAACGAAGAGCGAGAAAGCGAAAGGAAAGCAGCCGCUUCGGGCUACGGUACAAGCUGCUAGAGUGUAUAUACACUGCUCAGUAGGCGAUGUUCUCACGCUGGCGGAGCUAUCUGAAGAGUCGAGAAUGGCCCAAGAAGCGGAUAGUGCGCUGAAGUCUACAACGCAAGCGCCCUCUGCCGACACUCCAGGUCAGGGCCAAGCGAAGCAGGACCAUGUCACGACGACGUCGGCUCCUCGUGGAUUCGAUCGCCUGCUUUCUGCUGGCUUUACAGCUUCCGAGGUGGCUGCUCUGAGAGCCCAAUUCCUUGCUAUACAAGCACAUACUCAUACCCCAGACACCAUGCCCACCGGAGCGGAUCUCCUCGCUCUGGAGGAACGAUGGCUGGAUAACACAUCCAACCCGGCAGCUGGGGGUGAGUCGGACCCCAGCGGACUGGGCUCUGAGGAAGGAGGUCUGGAAGACAUGCUCUAUGGCAAUCUGGUGGGAUUUUUCUGGCCUAUAGGAGCCAUGUGCUGGCUUAUGCGAGAGGAAGGUGUCUGGAGCCGGAGACGGCAGAUUGCGGUGCUCUCGGGCUUCCUUGUCAACUUGACAUUUGGCUUCCUUCGCGUCAUGAACUGA